CAUAAUUCAAGAGAAAAAUUUAGUUGUAGAUGAAGAAAAAACCACUAUGUCAGCCGAAAAAAAAAGAAACGUUUGAGAUAUGGAAAGACUUUGAUUCACAGGUAAUAGAAGUUACAACAGUGAGAACCGACACUUCUGAUGCAAUUGUGGAAUUGGAUAAAUUUCUUAAUGAACCUUUGAUCCCGAGAAAAUCAGAUACUCUUAUAUGGUGGAAGGAAAUGAAACGAAUAUAUCCUGAUAUAUACGAUUUAAUGUUACAAAGAUUGGGAGUUCCAUCAACAUCAGUUCCAUGCGAACGAACGUUUUCUAAAACCGGAUAUACGCAAACUGACAGGCGUAAUAGACUUUCAAUAAAAAAUAUGGAAACAUUAAUGUUUUUAAAUGGUAAUCUAGAAUAAAUAUUUUAAAUACAUCCAUGUUUGUAUGAACAUUUCAAAACCAUUGCACAACUGUAACUGUGAAAAUAGAAUCUGAAAAUUUAAAUUUGAC